AUUAUGACUUGACAUAACAAGAAACACGAUAAACAACUACAGCUUGCAACUCAUUACAGAAUAUUUGUAGUUUAGCACACAUGGGAGAGUGAUUUCUAGCUCGCGUCCUCAGUGCCCGUGUUACUUGCAAGGUUAAAACUCCGGUCCAAUAUUACAUAACUCAAAAUACAGUCAGUCAUUACUCCAAAGCGGUAUAAUUAAGACCACUCAAAUGUGAAAAAAGUUUCGUGAAUUUAAUACAAAAAAAUUAAUAAUAUAACCAAAACGAUAUUAUGAGUAAAGCAACAGAAAUUAGAGUUUCACGAUGGUACUUCGGGGGUUUGGCUUCAGCUGGAGCAGCAUGUGUGACACAUCCGCUAGAUCUUUUAAAAGUUCAAAUGCAAACACAAAAAGGAAAAAACAUCUCAAUGUUGAAGCUUACUGGAAUUGUUUUAAAAAAUCAAGGAGUAAUGGGCCUUUAUAAUGGCAUAUCAGCAUCUCUCCUGAGGCAACUCACUUAUUCAACAGCUAGAUUUGGUAUUUAUGAGAUGGCUAAGCAACAUUUGGCACCGAAAAAUGGUCAACCCAUAUCAUUUUUCAUGUCAGCAUUCCUAGCAGGUCUUGGUGGGUUCGCUGGAGGUUUUGUGGGAAAUCCAGCUGAUUUAGUCAAUGUUCGGAUGCAGAAUGAUGUUAAACUCCCACCAGAACAGAGAAGAAACUACAAGAAUGCUAUUCAUGGUCUAUGGAAGGUAGCUACGGAGGAGGGAGUGCUGCGUCUAUGGGCUGGCGCCUCCAUGACAUGCAGCCGCGCGGUCCUCAUGACCAUUGGUCAGCUAUCCUUCUAUGACAAGAUAAAAGAACUCCUGCUAUCAACUGAGUACCUAGAGGAUAAUGUCUUCACACAUGUUACAUCCAGUUUGUUAGCGGGUGGUAUCGCAACAACUUUGACUCAGCCUGUUGAUGUAUUAAAGACAAGAGCAAUGAAUGCCAAACCUGGAGAAGUGAAGAGUAUAUUGACCCUUGUAGUUGGAACAGCUAAAGAGGGUCCACUAGCUUUCUUCAAAGGAUACAUUCCAGCGUUCGCAAGACUCGCGCCUCAUACGGUACUCACUUUCGUAUUCCUAGAACAACUUAGAAUUAAUUUUGGUACAAUCAAAGUGUAAUCUUUUUGAAAAGACCAUGGAUAAUUUGAGAAAAUAUAGUCCCACAAGUUUUUAUGGCAAUUUUUUGACAUUGACAAGUUUUUAGGGUUACCGGUGAACAACCUAACUUCUUUUGAAAGUCCAUGUUGCAACUUCAAGCGUUUGAUUUGCAACUUAUGACCUGAGAUUUCAUAGUAAUUCCUUACUAUUUAAUUUGAUAUAUUUUGACAUAUUAGCAAAUUAAUCUAUGUGUACAUGUAUCAUGCAUGAUAUUAUUAUGAAUUUGUAAAUUAUGAAAUGGCAACAUUAAAACAUACAGUUGCCAUUCUCUUAUUGGUCAAAACAUGAUGCUGUCAAAAUGACAUUGUGAGUUCACAUAUAUUCCGUCUGCCUAAAAAUCCUUGUGGAACUACACUUGAUUGUUGAUAUAGAUGUAGGUUUGGACUGUAUUUUUAGAUUUUUUAAACAAAACAUUAAUCUCAAGUAGUGUAAUCUGUAUUUAUACAUAUUCAAGUGUUCAAAAUAUAACAAUUUAGAAAUAUUUAAUCAUUUUUUAAACUAUAUAAAAUUUACAAGAUUUUGUCUUAGAGUUGGUAGUUAGAUUAAUAUGUCCAAAUAAUGUUUUCAAAGAAUACAAGGGUACUAAGUUUUUAAUAUUGUGGGAUAACUGUUUUGCAGUAGUUUAUGAUAAAUAGUAGUGUGUGUUAAAAGAUUGCUUAUAAAAAUGUAGAUGAUGCUUUGCGUUUUUUUUUCUUAAUUUAUUCCAUUAAGCUUUGCAUUUUUUUUU